AUCGCGUAUUGCUCGACAGUCGUCCGUGCGCAACACACACCGAGUAAAAUAUUACUACCUGUAACGACGAGCACCGCAACAAUAUGCGCAACGCAGUCAUACUUUUACUGGCCGCGUUUUCCGCGGUCGCCAGGGCGGCGAUCCUCAGGUCCGGCGGCGUCGAAUUGCCAACAUACACAGAUCCAUGCAAAAGAAAUGAUAAGGACUUCAGUGGUUGUGUGAAGAAAACUCUUCAAUAUUUGAUCCCCAAAUUUAGCAAAGAGGGAAUUCCACAGUUGAACAUCACAUCUUUAGAUCCAUUCUAUUUGAAUGAAUAUCUUAUGCAUUUCGAGUCUACACAAAUCGAAGGAAAAGCUCUAUUCAAAGAUGUUUACAACCAUGGUUUAGGAUCUAUAAAAAUCGUCGAUGUCAGAUCUGUUGUGGAAGACCCAGAACAAUUGGAAUUAGAAGUCGACUUUUACAUGCCAAAAGUGAUAUCAAACGGCAAAUUCAAGGGUGAGGGAAGAAUUGGCCAGAUGCCAAUCAUGGGCAAGGGCGUAUUCAACGUGACGUCUUAUGAUGUGACCGGUUCGUGGAUGUUGAAAGGCAAUGCCGUUGAGUUGGACGGACAACGUUACAUGCGUAUCAAGGACGUUGGCAUGAAAUUAGACAUUGGUGACAUGAAAAUAUACGCGACCAACAUGAUCAAUGGAAGUCCCGAAUUGAGCCAAAUGGCGUUAACCUUCGCUAACCAAUUUUGGCGAGUGAUAUUCCAAAUCAUGAUGCCGUACGCCGAAGAGGGUUUCGAGAAGAUCACGAGACCCAUUCUCAACCAAGUGUUCCUGGAGGUUCCUUACGACCAGCUGUUCCCGCCCAGCCGCAAAUAAACCCUCCCUACAAAAUCAUACUUCUUUUUGACUUACCUUAAAUUUUUCUCUGUGUUGUAGGACUAUAGUAUAUUCUUACUGUAAUAUCGUAGGUGUAACAAGUUUUUAUUUUCAAUAAUAUUAUAAAACACAUCACCUAAAACUGGAACAUGCAACCAGUAGGAUAUCCGACCAAUGUUAUUUAUUAUUAAGAUUAAUAUUAUAUUUUGUUUUAAGCGACGUAAAUAAUUAAUUUAAUAACUGUGUAUUGAUGUAUAAGUAAACUAUGUUAAGACAUAAU